GAAAACGACUGUAAAUGAGACUAUUUUAUUGAUGUCAUUGUUGCGAAAAUCUACGAAUAAUGCGGAACAAAAUGGCGAAAUCACCGGUUUUCAUCCUCUUUUUGAUAAUUGUAUCUGCUGGUCUGUUUGAGUGCUCUCUAAAUCCGUACAAGACAUUAUCUGUUUCCAAAUCAGCAUCUCAGCCGGAGAUUAAACGAGCUUACAAGAAGCUCGCUCGCGAAUGGCAUCCAGACAAAAGUGAUGAUCCUAAUGCCUCCGAUAAAUUCAUCAAGAUCCAGCAAUCAUAUGAGAUCUUGUCCGACGAAGCAAAGCGGAGAGAAUAUGACCAGUUUGGGAUAGUGGAUCCGCAGGAGAGUCAGCGCAGGCAACGCGAUCCGUUUGCGGACCAAUUUUUCCAGCAGAAUAACAACUUUGGCGGGGGAUUCAACUUCCACAACUCUGGAAACAACGACCCUCGCCGGGUGACUCUGUCAAGGCUGCAGGAUGGCAUCUUGCCUCAGAGCACAGACAAACCCUACCUGAUCUUUGUGACUGGAAGCUUCUGCUUCAACUGCAUGAACAUCGAGAGGAUGUGGUCCGACAUUACUCCGGAAAUCGAGUCAUGGGGUGUCGGUGUGGGAUCGGUCAACAUUGACAGUGACCGCAGGCUGGCCUCAGUGCUUGGUAUACGUCAUCGUCCAGCCAUUGCGGGUAUCAUAAACGGUCAAGUGACGGACUAUGGUCAAGGAAGUGUGACCUUGAAGGCCAUGAGAGACUUUGUAGACAGGUUGCUGCCAAGCAGCCUUAUUCAAGAGGUCCAUAAUAACAACUACGAAGACUUCUUUGCCAACUUCUACAAUGAGAACAAGCCCCGGGUCCUGCUCUAUUCCCGGAACCGAGACAUUCCCAUCAUCUUCAAGGUCGGUGUUUUUGCCUUCAGGGAGCACCAGACGUUCGGCUUUACCUCUGCCAAGUAUUCCAACACAGACGGGGUUCUAAAGCACGUUGGGGUGCAGCACAGGACGGGGAAGGUGUUGGUGUUUAAGGAGAAUAUCAAAGAGAGUGUGGAUAUGGUUGAGGAGAAACAUAUGACCUUGGAAGCACUGACUCAUUUACUGAACUACAACAAAUACCUCUACCUUCCGAGGCUCUCCUCCCAAACUCUCUUUGAAGAAAUGUGUCCAGAGACUCCAAAUCUGGUAGGACGAAAAUUGUGCGUCAUCCAGAUCACAAAGGCCACUCCGGAGCACGAGCCGUUCCGAGCUUCGUUCAGAGACAUGGUGAUGAGUACGCCCUCAUGGCCCCAUGAAGCCAAGAUGACUUACAUGCUGUUUGAGAAUCAGGAGCAAGUAGCAGCAGCAAUGGAAGGGUUAAUGGUGGAGGUCCAGCAUGCAGUUCCAGUUGCAAUUGUUUGGAGACAGCGAGGGAACCAGAUCCGCCACGCCUGGCUACCCGACGGUUGGGAGGGCCAAGACAUCACAUUGGAGCGAAGAGGGAUCAAAGAGUUCCUCUACAGACUCAACGAUGGAACUUCCAAGUUUGCCCACAAAGGGAUCCUACCACAGUUCAACGAUGAAAAUGCUCCGGCUUGGCCAAUUCGGAAAUUCAGAGAGUUGACGCAAAAGAUGACGGACCUGUAUAAUGCAGCAUACAACUUCAUAUUUGGUUCAUCUUGGGAGAGCAGUAGUCUUCUGAUGCUCAUGAUGGUGAUCUACUUCGGGUGCUUUGUCUUAGCUUUCCUUGGUCUAUUUGGAGGAAGCAAAGAACCAAAGGAAGCGAGCCAAGAAAACAAUGAGGGAGGUGAAAGGUCACAGCCACGAGCCAAGCGGAGUGUUUCAAUGAAAGAGCUUGGUCGACACGAGUAUGCAAACCUGAUAGAGAGGAAGAGGAACUCGUGGCAUCUCAUCCUGCUGGUGAAAGAUUCUUCGAGAUCAUCACUCUGCCAGCAGCUUUUCAAAGAACUGGGAAGUUAUCCAUUACGCUUGCCUCUGAACUUUGUUAGCAUCGACAAGCAGACGUUCUGGUAUCGUACCCUAGUCCCUGGAAAGGAGGUCGGGACCAUUCUUGCCAUCCGACCUUCCAAGAAGCAAUACUCCGUGUUCAAUCCCACCACUGCGCCAAAGUCCUCCUCGGACCGCGACCCUCACCUCCGGCAUCGUCACGGCGACAGCGGAGAAAUGGAUACAGACUUUAUAGGUUUCAAUGAUAGCGACGAUGAGGGGGCCAGGAGGAAUGGAGUAGGAGGAGGAGGAGGAGGGGUGAAUAUCUUUCACGGGUUCUGCCUAUGGUUAGAUCGCUUACAAGACGGAGAGCUGCGGAAGAUGGACGUAGCGGAAUGGCCAAACAUGGACUGAAUUUUGACAGUUUUUGUAUCUAUCUUCUAAGAGGUAUAGUGUGUGCAAUUGAAAACAAUCUGCAACCCAGGUGCCAAUAUGUGUCAACAAAUACUGGUAUGAGGUUGCAACAUCAUUAAAGCUCCUAAUAGUGUACAGGGCUGUGCCUUGUGGUCACUGAUGGUCAAAUCAAAAAGCAUAUACAGAUAACAACUAAAUUAUUCAUACCCUUACCAAGUUUUGUAAUUUUUUUAAGUACAUAUAUGUGAAAAAUUGAUUUUCCCCAAUUUAUGUCUCUUGAGAAUGUGACAGAGAAUUCAAGUUUACAUCUAAAAGUAUUCAACAAAGGCUUUAAUUCAACUAGACUACCGCUCAUUCUUAAGUUUUGAAACACGCAAAAAUUAUCCAAUUUUCAAGGGGUUUGAAUAAUUAAGGUGUUAACUGUAAAAAAUCUUGUAACCUCGAAACAGCUCUGUGAAAAUUGUAUCCACUGUCUUUGUUUUAUUGUACUUCUAAGAGGAAGGAACACAAAAUACAUGGUAUUUUGAACUCAACAGCAUAGGAUUAUUGAAGAAGAAUAUUGCAUUGAGGAGGUAUUUUAGAUAGUCCGCAAAUAUGUGGUUAACUGAUGGUGUCCAUGAAUUCUCCCCUGGGGAACCCUGCAGGAUCUGUUAAUGGUGUUGGGAUAUGAAUCAGGGCAAUCUCAAAAGAGAGCACGUUCAGGGUAUUCUAAAGGUCCAAAUGAAUUAUCAUCUUUUCCUCCUCAAGUUGGCAACAAUUAUUUGUAUUUUUACUCUCUCAUAUUUGAAAAAUAAAGAUAAAAAUUCAUAUGGAAUGAAACGGUGUGAAUGAAAAUGACAAAAUAUCAACAAGAAAUUGCCCAUUUGUACAUGAAAAUAGUUGAUAUAAAUUGUCAACAAUGUAUUGCCUAUUUAGAGAGUGCAAUGGUCAUCUUCUAUUAAAUCACUCUUAUUCGUUCUUAUUCGUACGCAGCACGAUGUUCUGCAACAGAAAUGGAUUUUAAAAUUUCAGCAAUUUUGGAACUUUCCGCUCAUGUACAAUUUGUAAUUCAGAGCAUUCUGGAUCCAAAGA